AUUUCAAAAAAAAAAAAAAAAAAAAAGACUCCCAUAGCUGUGUUUUGUUGUGUUGGCACUACUGCAUACUUUUGGUUUAUCUGGAAGAAAUUUGAGCCGACUUGUUCAGAACCGUCAACAUGUUAACUUUGAUCUGUAUUUGUUUUGGGGUAGUUUUGCUUUUUCUUGGUCUUCACAUCCGAUUUCCCUACUUUAGACAUGACUGUCUGUACAUUUUGAAACUUUUAAAAGUGAGAUCAAGGAGAAAAGAGUUCCGAAAGAGGAAGCCUUUCUACACCAUCCUGGACUGUUUUUUGGACACUGUCAAAAGACAACCAGACAAGCCAUUCAUUGUUUUCGAGGGUCUCAUUUACUCCUACGAGGACAUUGACAAGCAGAGCAAUAGAGUGGCAUGGACUCUGAGGACCCAGGCCAGACUGCGCCAGGGGGAUACUGCAGCUCUGUUCGUGACUAACGAGCCUUGCUUUGUGUGGCUGUGGCUCGGCUUGUGCAAACUUGGCUGUGCAGUCUCCCUGUUGAAUUGCAAUAUCAGAUCGAGAGCUCUGCUGCACUGCUUCUCCUGUUGUGAUGCGAGUGUUCUCAUUGCUUCAGGAGAUUUGAAGGACCCUAUAGUUGAAGUGCUUCCAACACUACGGAAGCAGAAUGUCUCAGUGUUCAUCCUCAGUAAGGAGUGUGACACAGAGGGGAUGGAAGCCCUCUCAGAUCAGAUCGCAAAGGCCUCGGAUAAACCUGUACCACCAGCACUCAGGUCAAAGGUCACCAUGGGAUCCCCAGCACUCUACAUUUACACAUCCGGCACCACAGGUCACCCCAAAGCUGGCCUAGUUACUCAUGAUAAAGUGUGGGGGCCCUCUUUCUUUCUGCUCCUGGCUGGGGUCACCUCAGAUGAUGUCAUCUACACGCCCCUCCCACUCUACCAUGCUGCAGCCCUCGUCAUAGGGGUGUGUGGAGCCAUAGAGCGGGGUGUAACAGUUGUCCUGAGACGAAAGUUUUCUACCUCACAGUUUUGGGAUGACUGCAGAAAGUAUAAUGUGACUGUCAUUCAGUACAUAGGUGAAACAUUACGCUAUCUCUGCAACUCACCCAAGAAAGCGAGUGACGGAGAACACAAAGUCAGACUCGCUAUAGGAAAUGGACUCCGUGCGGACGUUUGGAGCAACUUCAGGAGUCGUUUUGGAGAAGUGGAAAUCAAGGAGUUUUAUGGAGCAACCGAAGGCAACAUAACUUUCAUGAAUUACCCUGGAAAAAUUGGUGCAAUAGGACGUGUCAAUUUCUUCCAAAAGAGACUGUCCCCUUAUGGUUUAAUAAAGUUUGAUUCAGAGCGAGAGGAACCGGUGAGAGACUCCAAUGGCUUGUGCAUAGCCACACCUAAAGGUGAAGCUGGCCUUUUGGUAUCAAAAAUUACCACAAUUGCUCCAUUCUUGGGAUAUGCAGGAAAUCCUGAACAAACAGAGAAGAAAAAGCUUCAUGACGUCUUUCAAAAAGGAGAUCUCUAUCUAAAUAGUGGAGAUCUGCUGAUGAUCGAUCAGGAUAACUUCAUUUACUUUCAGGAUCGGAUUGGGGACACUUUCAGAUGGAAAGGCGAGAAUGUUGCUACAACUGAGGUUGAGGAUGUCCUGGCAGAGCUGCAUUUCAUUGAGAAUGCCACUGUCUAUGGUGUCAGAAUGCCAGGUCAUGAAGGGAGGAUAGGCAUGGCUGCCGUAACAAUAAAAGCAGGUAGAGAGAUUCACUGCUCUGAGACUUUCACACAUGUGGCCAAUUGCUUACCAUCUUAUGCUCGACCAAGAUUCAUCCGGAUUAAGAGUUCUUUGGAGGUCACAGGGACAUUCAAGCACAUGAAGGUCAAUUUAGUUGCAGAUGGUUUCAACCCAUCUGCUAUCCAAGAGCCGCUGUAUGUUCUUAAUGAAAAAGAACAUUGCUAUGAUCAGAUGUCUAUGAACGAUUACAAAUUGAUUAUAUCAGGGGAAGUCCAUUUGUAAUUAAUUUUUUGUUAACAUUUAAUGUGUGUGUGUGUGUGUGUGUGUGUGUGUGUGUGUGUGUGUGUGUGUGUGUGUGCGUGUGUGCGUGCGUGCGUGCGUGCG